AUGACUUCUCCGUUGGAAACUUGUAAUUUUCCAAAAGGAUUUCUUGAUAAGGGUUUUUGUCUCGAAGAGAAGAAGGAAAAUUCUCUAGUGGAAGUUGAUGACACAUCUUCUCAAUCUCCUGAUAACUUCUCAGAUUUUGAGGAUGAUGAAGAGAUUUCUAAUGAAGUUGUUCGAAACUUUAUCGAUCAGUUUAAUGAUGCAAAGAAGUUACUAAUUAACACUCUCAAAGAUAUUGAUGUGUUAAGAACCGAUUUGAUAAAUAUCAACUCUGAAAUUGCUCUCAUGAGGACACGACUUAAGGAUCGCCUCUGUCUGAAGAUGUUGUCAACUCUGUCAGAUGCUGUCAACUCCGUCAGUCAAAAACUUGAAGGUCUAGCAUCUUCUGAUCUUUCCAAAAGUGUAGCAAUAACCCUCGGUGAUCGUGAAUUGGAGAAAUUGAAGAAUGAACUUCAGGAGAAGCGGUUAGCAAGAGAUGAGAGAAAGCAUGAAGAGAGAUUAAAGAAAUAUGGUUGUAAAAGAUGUGGAAGUGCAACUGAAACUGAAACUGAAUCAGAGGAAGAUGAUGAUGGUCAUGAAUAUUACGUCGAGGAGAUUGAUUCAAGUCAAGAAGAUUCAGAUACUGCUGAAGAAAAGAGGAGGAUAAGAAAGUAUCAGGAGGACAAGCUUUAUAGAAGGUAUCUGGAGGAGAAGUCCAAUCCUGCAAUAUUUUUACUAACCAUGCAUGAGGGUGAAGAAUCAUAUGGUGAUGAGGAUUUGCUAGAGGAUGAAAGUGAAGAGACUGAAUCAGAUGUUUCUAAAGAUUCCGAUGACAGUUAUAGACCUCUCGCAUCUUCUGGAAGCGAGUACAGUGAUGAAGAGGAUGACUAG